UCGGGACGGUCGGUUUGAUUGAAGCCAAGCCAGCCCGUGAAGCGUCCUAGUACUCGUAGCUUUUUCACCAUUUGAAUCGAUGCAAUUUAUCAGCCAAGCCAAAUAACUGAAUCGUGGUGUUUGAGGCAGAGAGUAGAGACCGCAGACAUGGUGACGUUGGUGGUAGCAACCACUACAGACCCUGCCUCCAUAGGUCCAGCCUCUGCUCUAUUAGCCAUGCCUGGUUGGCAUCCAGGUCCGCCUCUCCAGGAUGCAACGAGCUUCGUGAACGGGGAGGUGAGGUUAUUGAAGCUCGAAAGCCGCCUCGUCAACCAGAACCACCUGGACAAGCGUUGGGAGGAGGAAACCGGCGAGUCCGUUUACGACGUCGUAUUCCUCAGCAGGCACGUUGCGUCCUCUGAACGCCCUGCUCUCACCAUUCACCCUAUUGGAACGCCGCAUUUGAGUGAAGGUGAGGCUCUUCCUGCCGGCGGGAAGCCUGGGUGGGCGGCACCUCCGAACCCGAGGAUAGGGCCGUGGUUGAGGCUUUUGAGAACCAUCACUCAGUCGCAUAACUUAACGCCUGAAUUUGAGGUCACAUUGGAAGCAACUCAUCAUGGACCUGAAAUAAAUUCACCAACCAUGUUUGUUGAAAUUGGUAGCACUGAGGAGUACUGGAAGAGGCAGGAUGCUGCCCAAGCUAUUGCUUUACUUGUAUGGGAAGGGCUGGGUAUUGGAGGACGGGUUCCAAUAGGGACUUGGACCAGUGAAAAUAGUAGAUCCAGAAUCCUUCUUGGUAUAGGUGGCGGUCAUUAUGUACCCCGACAUAUGGAUGUUGUACUUUUGAUACCAAACGUUCAUUCAAAUAUCACCAGGAGAGACGGCGUUUGGGUUGGCCAUAUGCUUUCAGGAUAUUCAUUGAUUAUGGAAGGUUCUGGCAAAUCAAAUGCGAAAGUGAAUGGAGAGGAUGUGGGUGGAAAUUGGAGAGAAGCGAUUAAAGUUGCAUUUGUGACUACCAAAGCAGCCUUUCCGAGGGGAGAAGUUCUAGCACAUAUUGAUAACAAGAGUUUCAAGAGCUGGCAGAGAAAUGCUGUAACAGAGUUCUUAGCAGAACAGAACAUAAAGAUAGGGAAGCCGGGUGACUUCGCGCCCUGCUAGAAGUAACUCUUGCUUGCUUCAGAAUCUUGUUCUCACCAAGCGCACAGAAGCAUGGCAAAGUACUCCUCAGGGCCAUGGCGGCUGGAAAGAACAAAGACAGCCUUGAUCACUUGCAAAGGGCCAGCGGCAAGCACCGCCAACCUCCUCCUCAGCCCCAGAAAAGGGUAGCCCCUGUUGCGCCUAUAGGUAAUAGCACAACAACAUGAUCAAAACCCGUCCAUGGAAUUUUUUCUUUUAUCUUCUUCCACUGAUUAUUUGAACUUGUUGCAGGACGG